GAAAGCUCACAGGACUGUUUAUAUAAAUAAUUCGGUUAUGUCGUUUCAGAAUGUUCGUUCCAUGGUGACGCGCUGCAGGGCGGUGGUGCUGCCGCGGUUCGGUGGGCCAGACGUCCUGGAUCUCCGGCCAGAUGUGGAGGUUCCCGAUCUCAAGCCUAAUGAGGUUCUUGUUAGAACCAGAGCUGUCUCUAUCAAUCCACUCGAUACGAAAAUGCUGUCAGGCUAUGGUCGUUCCCUAUUCAAACCUCUUCUACCACUCAUUUUGGGUCGUGAUGUUAGUGGUGAAGUAGCAGCAACUGGAUCCUCGGUACGGUCUCUAAGUUUAGGACAAGAAGUUUUUGGUGCAUUGCCAACUGCUGUAAGAGGUACUUAUGCCGACUAUGCAGUUCUUUCAGAGGAUGAACUCACUCUAAAACCUGUAUCAAUUACCCAUGUAGAAGCAAGUGCAAUUCCUUUUGCUGCGUUGACCGCAUGGCGUGCUUUAAGAGGCACUGCUAGGAUAACAGAGGGGCAAAGGUUGUUAGUUAUAGGCAGUGGAGGAGCCGUAGGUUUUUCUGCAAUUCAACUUUCAGUAGCUGCAGGGUGCCUUGUUGCUACUACUUGUGGAAGCAUCAGCUCUACUAACAGCUUGUAUAGGAAAGAGAAUUUUGCGAGUGGUAAAUGA